AUUUUCGCAUAGUAGUCCAGUUUUAUAACAAUAAACAAGUUUUGACGUUAAAUUUUGGCCCUAAUGACAUUCAUUUCUCGAUUUCGUUAAUUUGUUCGCUUCGAUAAAGCCGAUUUCAUUGCAAAAAUUCCAGUCGACGAGUAACAUUCAAUUCCAUUAAAUUUUAUUCCGAAUAUUAUUUAACUAUACAAAAUACAAUUCCGUGCAUUUUAAUUUCUAUUUAUUUCUAUUGCGAUUUAAGCUGAAAUUUUUCGGUUUGACAAUUUCCUCCCUUGCGUUGACGUGCAUUGAACGAAUGAAAAGUGUCCGAUAAACAAAAGAUUUAUAUUUUCUUCGCAUAUUUUCAUACAGUUUUACGAUUCUGAUUUUUGAAGAGUCAUCAUUUGCGUGCAGUACGUCAGCCAAAGACAUUUGGCAAAUAAAACCGAAAUCGAAACGUAAAUUCAAAUUCUUUUGUUGACGGACUUUUGUUGUGAAAUUCAAUUCGAAGUGAUUCAUUCAACAUUUUAGUUCCUUUUUUUUUGUUUAACGUAAAAUAAACGAAAUCAUGAAAAUCACUGUGACCACCGUAACCGAUUAUGUAUUUGAAUUGGAUGUGUCGGAAGAGUUGGAAUUGGAAAAUUUCAAGGCAUUUUGCGAGGUUGAGUCGGGUUUUCCAUCGACAGAGAUUGUGAUCACAUUCAAAGGUCAACCGUUGCUAGAUGACAAAAAGUCACUCAAAGAUCAUGGCAUCAGCGAUGGUGAUGCUGUCUUAUUGCAACAUGUCAUGCAGGCAGCUGGCAAUUUAUUAUCAACGGCAGCCCGAGCUAAUCAAAGCAACAGACAAAAUCCAUCAAAUCCAUUAGCUGGAUUGGACUUCAGUGCGAUUCGAGUGCCGAAUAGUGGUAGCAGCGGUAGCCUCAGCAGUAGUUUGCCAGGUAGCACUGCGAUUCGGGUGCCAAAUAGUGGCAGUAGUGGAAGUCUCAGCGGUAGUUUACCAGGUAACAGUGGUUCCCCGCAAAGUCCCAUUUCGAUCGGCAUGAACGAUGAUCCAGCCAUGGUUCGAGAGGCAUUUUUCAAGAAUCCUGAUCAAUUGGCAUUGUUGAAACAAAAUAACCCAACAUUGGCCGAAGCAUUACUUUCUGGAAAUUUAGAAACAUUUUCGAAUGUGCUUCGACAACAGAUACAAGCGCGCUAUGAACGGGCUCAACAACGUCGACGAAUGAUGGAAGCUGAUCCAUUUGAUCACGAAGCACAACGUUUGAUCGCCGAAGAGAUUCGACAAAAAAAUAUCGAAGCAAAUAUGGAAGCUGCAAUGGAACACAAUCCAGAGACAUUUGGUACCGUUGUCAUGUUGUACAUAAAUUGCAAAGUAAAUGGUGUGCCGGUUAAAGCGUUUGUUGAUUCGGGCGCUCAGGCAACAAUCAUGAGUGCUUCCUGUGCUGAAAAAUGCAACGUCAUGCGUUUGGUUGACACACGAUGGGCUGGUAUUGCAAAGGGUGUUGGUGUUCAAAAGAUCAUUGGUCGUGUGCACGUUGCCCAGGUGGAAAUUGAAAAUGUUUUCCUUCUCACAAGUUUUUCCGUGCUCGAAGAUCAAACAAUGGACAUGUUGCUUGGUUUGGAUAUGCUAAAACGUCAUCAAUGCACAAUUGAUUUGCAACGAAAUAUCCUGCACAUCGGAACAACCGGAACCGAUACAAAGUUCUUGCCAGAAAAUGAAUUACCAACACACAGUCGUCUCACAUUAACUGGUGCCGACAACGACAAAGUAGCCGCCGAAGAAUUGAAAGCCACCGCCGAUGCACUUGAAGCAGCCGAAAUUCAAAAAGCGAUCGAACGAAGUAGACGAGAACAAGCUAGUGGAUCAUCUUCCAGCGGUGGAAUGUCAUCGUCAUUAGGCCGAGACUCAAUAUUGCCGACAGAUAAAUUCACAGAAAUUGAUGUAGCUGAAAUAGUUAAAAAUGGUUUUCCACGUGAACGGGUGAUUGCGGAAUUGCGAUCGGCCAACGGCAAUAAGACACAGGCCUUGGCCGCGUUGUUUGCAAAAUCAUUGAAAUUUCAAUGAUCAUUGAAUCAUGUAAAUGCAUUAUCGCGAUUUUAAGUAAUGGAAUCAGCUAAAAGAAACGAUACAAAAAAUCAUUGUUUAAAAUGAAAGAAGUUGUUUUAAGAGGAAUUUUACAGUAAGAAUUUAAGAACAAAAAAGGUGGAAGAAAAGUAGAUAGAUAAAAAACACAUCAACAAACUCAAGCAAAAGCACAGUAAAAAAAUAACAAAAGAUAACAUUGUCUACCUCCACUUCAUUAGCAAUUUAUUAUUAAACAGAUGUGGAACGAAAAAUAACACCACUAUUGUGUUGCGUGUGUCAUUUCUUCAGUUUUAUACUACGGCACAUUUUGAGAAUCUAUUUUGUAAACAUUUUAAGUUUAAUUUUGAAGACAAAAAAAAAACAAUUUUUGAUCACUAUAUAUUACACGAAUUACAACAAUAACCUUGCAGGUCAUCAGUUAAAAAAAUUAAUUCAAAGCAAAAAGCCCUUUCAUGCUGCUUUUAAGUUUACGGAUUUGAAACCUUUUUUUAAAUGUUUUUAACACAUCGGAUACCACUGUCAAACGAAUUUUAAAAUUGAAUAAAAACGGUUGAAUUAUAUUAAA